UCGAUUUAACGCGGAACCAUAAAUCAGGCUAUAGUUUAAAAACUAGCAAAAGCUAGCACCGACGUUCAAGAGGUCCACAUGGCGAACGGAUGCAAAGACGUGCUUUUUACCCGCGGGUCUGGACAGAGUGAUGAUUCAGAUAUAUGGGAUGACACCGCACUGAUAAAGGCAUAUGACAAGGCUGUGGCAUCAUUCAAGACUGCCCUUAAGGGUGAAGAAGAGCCUCAGGCCUCCAAGAAAAAUCAACCCGGGAAGAAACGCAAGAGUAACAAAAAAAACCAAAGCAGGAAAAGAAACAAUGCACCACCAGAUAAAGAGUGGCAGGUUGGGGACUCGUGCAGUGCUUACUGGUCAGAAGAUGGCCUGCUCUAUCCAGCCACGAUUUCCUCCAUAGACCACAAGAGGGGCACCUGUAUAGUAGUUUUUAUGGGCUAUGGCAAUGAAGAAGAGCAGAACCUUGAAGACUUGUUGUCAGAGAUAUCCGAAGUUGAUGAAGAAUCAAAUUCUAAGGUGGGGGAGGUAGAAUCGACUACUGAGGAGAGUGACAGGUCAACCACACCAAACCGACACAAGCACCAGCCGCACAGUAAAGCCCAUACGUCCAAGCCCCAUAAUGGACCUCCUCCCACGUGGGCUCCUGGUUUCCCUGGAUUUCCCCCAGGCCCACCUCCCAUGCAUGCUUUCAGACGGGGGGAAAACAAACGAUCCGGUGGUCAUGGACCUACACCUCCUUCUUGGCCACCCAUGAUGCCGUUUGGUCCACCUAUGAUCCCUCCACCUCCACCAAUGAGUCCUGACAUGGAUGACGAAGCCUUGGGCAGCGUGCUCAUAUCCUGGUACAUGAGUGGAUAUCACACAGGAUACUACCUGGGCUUGAAACAAGGACGGAAAGAAGCUGCUAAAUGGACAAAACCGCACCACAAAUGAUGUCUUGUACAUGAAAUUGGAGUUUCUUUGGGCCCCGCAUGAAGCAGCAGCGGUUUACUCUUAUGUGUCGGAUGUUUGUCCUUUAAAGAAACCGUUUUCACUUCAUUGUGGGGCGGGCAAAGUUUUGUACUUUUUGUAUAUAAAAUGAAAUAAAGCCUUUCA